UUUUUUUUUGCUGUUGUUGUUUUCUCUCUCUUUCUUCAAAGAUUCCAUCCAUUUUCUGGUCCACCACCAUUGCAAAAACUUCACCCCCAUCUCCUUUUUUUUAAAUCCCUCCUUUUUUUAAUGUGAAAAAUUAAAACAAUAAAGUAUUGGUUUUGCUUUUUGUAAUUUUGUCAAAGAACAUCAUCAUAUCAAUAUCUAUAGCAAUUUGGGGUAGCCCAGAGAGAGGUAAAGAUAGAAGCUUUGAGGAUUUUUGAUAGGGAAGGAAGAAGGGUUGUUGUUUUGGUGUUUUUUGGAAUUGAGUUUUGCUUUCUGGGUUUCUUCUGAAUUGAAGAGAAAGGAAGGAUUUUUGACAGAUUUUGGGUUUGGAGGGGUAGGGGUGGUUGGGAGGUUAGUGGGUAGUGGUGGUGGUGGUCAAAGGAGGAGUUUUUGGUCUUUGGUCUCUUAUUCAACAUCAUCUGGGCCUUGACUCUUAAUCACUCAGCUUUCAGGAGUUAGAUCUUGGUGCAACGCCUUGAUUGUUAGUGGUCCCUAUUGUGUCCUGAUAAUAGUGAACCGGCUUAAGCUAGAUGGCCGGCAUUGAUGAUAACAUUGCCAUAAUUGGAGAUUGGGUGCCUCCAAGUCCAAGCCCAAGAGCCUUCUUCUCGUCAAUGUUAGUUGACGACAUUGGUUCAAGAUCAAUCUUGGAACCUCACAACAACAAUAGAACAGAGGAUUUCUUCCUGGGAGCUCGAGAAGGAGAUAACAACGGAAAAAAUUGGUCACAAGGCAAUGUUUCUGGUGAGGAUAUAACUGAAGUGGGCUCAUUUCCGGAGUAUAAGUCAAACUCACGCGGAGGGCUUGUGGAAAGGAUUGCAGCCAGAGCUGGGUUUAAUGCUCCGCGGCUGAAUACUGAAAGCAUUAGAUCUUCUGAUCUUUCACAUACUUCUGACAUUCGGUCUCCUUAUCUGACAAUACCUCCUGGUCUCAGUCCAACCACACUGCUAGAUUCUCCUGUUUUCCUUUCAAAUUCAUUGGCACAGCCAUCUCCAACAACCGGAAAAUUUCCAUUUGCCUCAAAUGGCCAUGGCAGGAGUUCCACAUUAAUGCCAGAGAGCCCUGACAAAAAUAAUUUCUUUGAGGACAUAAAUGCUUCCUUCGCUUUCAAGCCUGUUGCGGAAUCAGGCUCCUUCUUUCUCGGUCUGACCGGAAAAAUGGGUUCGGGUACUUUUCAGCAGCAAUCCUUUCCCAGCAUGGAGGUUUCAGUCCAGUCCGAAAAUUCUUCUCAAAGUAUAGAACCAACCAAAGUUCAAAACCAGAAUACAAACAAUCUUCAGCACCAGGCAGACUUCUCUCACACGUCUACUGAAAAAGACAAUGGAGCUUACACUAUCUCUGCAGACCCUAGGGCUUUCGAUACGGUGGGUGGCAGUACUGAACAUUCUCCACCCCUUGAUGAGCAACCAGACGAAGAAAGAGGCAGUGGUGAUUCCAUGGCGGCUGGUGGUGGUGGUGCAGCGUCUGAAGAUGGAUAUAAUUGGAGAAAAUAUGGACAGAAACAAGUAAAAGGUAGUGAGUAUCCACGGAGUUAUUACAAGUGCACACAUCCAAAUUGUCAGGUUAAGAAAAAGGUUGAACGAUCUCAAGAGGGUCAUGUAACAGAGAUCAUCUACAAAGGGGCCCAUAACCACCCUAAACCUCCUCCCAAUCGUCGAUCAGCUGCCAUGGGAUCAUCCAACCCACUUGUUGACAUGCGAACAGACAUCCCCGAACAAGGUGGUGCUGAUGGUGAUUCAAUUUGGGCAAAUACACAAAAGGGGAAUGUUGGAGGUCCCGAUUGGAAGCAUGACAACCUUGAGGUGACUUCGUCAGCAUCCGUGGGCCCUGACUACUGCAACCAAUCCUCUAUGCAGGCGCAGAAUGGUACGCACCACAAAUCAGGUGAUGUGGUGGACGCAUCAUCUACCUUUUCUAAUGAUGAAGAGGAAGAUGAUCGGGGGACACAUGGCAGCGUUUCAUUGGCCUAUGAUGGUGAAGGAGAUGAAUCUGAAUCGAAAAGAAGGAAAAUUGAAGCCUAUGCAACGGAAAUGAGUGGAGCUACCAGAGCCAUUCGCGAGCCUAGAGUCGUGGUCCAGACAACCAGUGAAGUAGACAUCCUUGAUGAUGGAUAUCGUUGGCGCAAGUACGGGCAGAAGGUUGUGAAAGGAAAUCCGAAUCCAAGGAGUUACUACAAGUGCACAAAUGCUGGCUGCACUGUGAGAAAGCAUGUGGAGAGAGCAUCCCAUGACCUCAAGUCCGUGAUCACCACCUACGAGGGAAAGCACAAUCAUGAUGUUCCCGCUGCUCGAAACAGUAGCCAUGUCAAUUCCGGCCCUUCCAGCAACAUGCCUGGCCAAGCUUCCACUAUCCAAACCCACCCACACAGGCCAGAGCCACAAGUUCACAACGGCAUGGGGAGAUUCGAAAGGCCAUCAUCAAUGGGUUCAUUCAACCUACCUGGAAGGCAGCAGAUGGGCCCGUCCCACGCUUUCUCUUUCGGGAUGAACCAGCCUGGCUUCGCCAAUCUGUCAAUGGCCGGGUUAGGUCCUGGCCAACCGAAACUCUCGGUUCUGCCUUCUCACCAUCCUUACUUUGCACAACAGCGCCAUCAGGUCAAUGAAAUGGCAUUCAUGUUACCGAAAGGAGAACCAAAAGUGGAGCCAAUGUCAGAACCAGGACUAAUCAUGUCCAAUGGCUCAUCAGUAUACCAACAGCUUAUGAGUAGGCUUCCUCUUGGACCACAGAUGUAGAAUUUCCCCUUUUGUUUUACUCUCUAAUCUUUUGAGGAAAGAAGUCUUUAAUUUUCUCUAUAUUCAUAUACACAUAUAUAUAAUGUUGGUUAUGAUCCGUUUUAGCUCGA